AAGAUUACUAAAAAUUGAAUAGCGGAAAAGACGUUUCAAAACGGAUGUUUUGAAGUUGCGAAUUAUCUGUUCGAAUUUCCAUUUGAAAGUUACAGAGACACUUGGUUUUCAAAGAUCAUCUGUUGUAAGAGGAAACCAAAUUUCUUGCAAGCUUGAAAAUCGCGAAACCUUGUUAAACCGUUGAGUUUCUUGCAACACACUCUGUUAGGGUUUUAGUAGUAUAAUCACAAACCCAUCCAACACACAAUUACCAUUCACGAUCAGAUUGUGACUUUAAGCUUUUGCAGGUGGAAGAGCAAAAGCAGCUGCGGUCAUGGGGAUUUACAAAAGAUUAUUCACACCACUAGUCAACAAUGUCUGGUCAUCAUUAGUAUCAUCCUCCGGAAGGGUUGGAGAACCGUGGACGAUAUUCAGCCGAGGUUUGGCCGCAAAGCCUUUCAGGGAAGGUGGACUGCAGCAGCAGCUGAAUGUAAAUGUGCAGUUUGAGCCUGUUGUAAAUUGUGGCAAUGUGGUUAAUAGACAGGCUCUGCCCUCAUUUAUGGGCCCCAAAGCUUAUUUUGCAGGCUUCCUCAAUGUUCAUGGAAAUAGUAGCGUACAAGCUUGUUCUUACCAUGUUCGAUGCUACAGUAGCACAGGGAAGGUAGCUUUGAUGGACAAGCGAAAUAUACAAGAUCACAAGCGCAGAUUGCUUGCAGCUAAAUAUGAAAUAAAACGGGUGCUUUACAAAGCUGCUCUAAGGGAUCCAAAUCUUCCUAGGGAUCUGUGGGUAAAGUUUCGUACUAAGUUGUCUAAGUUGCCAAGAAAUAGUUCCUUUACACGGACAAGAAAUAGAUGUAUUUUAACUGGUCGCUCUCGUGCCGUCUAUAGGAAAUUUCGCAUGUCUCGUAUUUGUUUUCGUGAAUUAGCGUCUAAAGGUGAGAUAAUGGGUGUAAGGAAAGCAUCUUGGUAGACACUUUUGUGCCAAUGCAGUCCCCAGCUAUCCAGAGGAAGGAUUUUCCAUAUCAAAUUGUAUUCAUUUCAAUCUUAACAGGGAACAUAGAAUUCAUUGGUUCCCUCAUUAUUCUGUCAAAUUUUGAUUAUUUACAAAGGUUGUAGAUGUUCAAGAAUACCCUUGUGGUUUUGCUGUGUGAAGUAUCACCCCACUUGAGCUAAAUCCAAUAUAAUGUGAGAUGUAUUGAAGGAUUUGAUUGCUA